CAGUGUGCCAUUUCUGGUGUGUUUGCCUUGAAUUUGUAAUUUUUAAUGUUCUGUAUUUUGUGUUCCGUGCCCAACUGCAUGCCUGGCGCGCAGGGCAUUUACGGAAACAUAAUUUCUGCGUUGGAAUCUCCACUCACCCUUGUUCUGACUAUGCAUUUUGUAAAUUAAUAAGAUUGCAAUUCUUCGGCUUCCUCUUCUGAAGAAUGGUGGUACUGGGAAUUGAGCCUAGGGCCUUGCACUUGCUAGGUUGGUAUUGAUACUGCUACCCAUGGCUCCUGAGUUCUGGGAAUAUAGAGCUGCACUACGACACCCAGGGAUGCCCAGUUCUUAACAGGACACUAUCCACUGGAUCCAACUGAGGCUCCUAGAGAUGUCUGUCCCAGGAGUCGGGCUCCUCAGCGCACCUGGUGGUGAGCAUCGCCGGAGGGGAGAAGGCGAGGAGAGGCCCAGGAAUAAUGGCGUCCAAAGAGCAACAAGUCAUAAAAGAUCUCGCAGUGCAGAAUGAAGAAAAAGAAAACAAAAAAGGGAAGGCCUCCAAGCAAAGUGAAGAAGAAUCCCACCAGCUGGAAGAAGUUGAAAACAAGAAGCCUGGGGAAAAUGUCCGAAGGGGACUAGUUAGGCGACUUGUGCCUAAUUUUCGUUGGGCCUUACCAAACAGACAUGUUGAUCACAAUGAAGGAGGAGAGGAUGUUGGGAAGUUUGUAGGGCAAGUGAUGGAGGUCAAGAGAAAGACUAGGGAGCAACAGAUGAGGCCUUAUGGGCGUUUCCAGACACCAGAACCUGACAAUCACUAUGACUUUUGUCUCAUACCUUAACAAUUGAAGGUUUUCUCUGAGCUCAUAAAGUGGCUACUCUUUUACAAGCUUGUAUUUAGUGAAGUACUUUUUCUGUAAACUUGGUGUUUCCACUUAACACUUUCUACUUAAAGAUUGUUUUACUGUUGCAUUUGAUUCUAAACAUUCCUAUCAGCAUGGCAAUUCAAUCCAUUUUAGAAAGAAAUCUUUUUCCAUGAUCUGAAAUUAAUAAAGCAAUUUAAAAGGCA